GCGCGGGGGCUGCGCUCGGGUCCGCGCGACCUCGAAGCGGGGUGGUGGGCGCCGCGCACUCUGCGGUUGACCGGCGCCGCUCCCGGACCGGCUGGCGGGCGGGCGGCCCCCAAGAUGAAGGUGACCCGGGCGGGGGACGGGUAGCGCUGAGACCGCUGCCUCAGUUGGUGGCUCUGCGGACCGUCGGCCGACGGCUUCCUGCGGGAUACAGCUCCAGAUCCAAACACCUGGAGGUGGAACAGUUUGCAUAAAGGGGCAGUCAGAAAUGUCAACAGGGAACAGUUAGUUUGACGCCAGCCGGGCCUUCGAGAUCAAGCUGAAAGUAAUUUGGCAGACUCUGUGCUCUGCGGCUGACCUAACCAAGAGGAAGGCCAUCCAGGAGGCCAAGGACCGAGCUCUCGGGUAAACAGAAAACUGCCAACGCUGCUCUCUCCACACCAUCCAAGGACACAGUUCACAGCCUUUCCUAGUGUUUGUCUAAGGGCCAGGAGACAAAAUGACGUCAGACUUUUUGCCGACAUCGCUGAAUCCUGAAGAUAACAUAAACGAUGACACAAUCAAAAAGGACAGGCCUUACAAGGUCUUUUUCAAAGACAUCUUUUUUUUCAAAGAAAAUGAAAUGGCAGCAAGGAAAAGGGAAAAACUUAUGAGCCGGAACAUGAAAAUCCACCAGAAGUCUACUUUUUCCUCCCGAAUGAAGAGUCGUUCACACCUGGGCCAGCUAGGUUUUUACUCAGACAGAAGUGGGAGCUCAUUUGAAAAUUUUGGGCUGGAUCCCACCCUGAUUCUCAGAUUGGCAGAAGGUGCAGACACAAAAAAGACAGUACGUGAAUUUAUUAAGGACCAACGAGACAGGUUCCUACUUGAGUACGCUCUGUUAACCAAAAGAAACACAAUUGAGAAGUUUGAAAAGCACAUAGCAACGAAGGAAGGGCAACUGGUGAAAGCAGAAAAAAAGCUCCAAAAUGACGCCAUGGCCUUUGAGGAAUUCCUUCGAGAAAACGAUCAGAGAUCGGUAGAAGCUCUUAAAAUUGCAGCACAAGAAACCAUUAACAAACUCCAAGUGACGGCAGAGCUAAAGAAAGCAAGCAUGGAUGUGCAGGCGGUGAAGAGUGAAAUAGCAAAAACAGAAUUCCUACUUAGGGAGUACAUAAAAUAUGGAUUUUUUCUGCUGAAAUUAUCUCCAAAGCAUUGGCAAAUGCAGCAAGCACUAAAAAGAACGCAGGCAUCCAAGAGUAAAGAGGAAGUCGUCCUUCCAAAAUUAUUAACAAAAUUCUCCAUCAGUUCAAAUAAAAGAGAGGGCACCCCGGAUGAGUCCGAGGGGAUGUUGCUUUCAGGAGAAGGGAGAAGGAGCCAAGGAAAGCCACGCAAGAGGCCCACCCUCAACCCAGAGCCCAAGAAAUCAUCCAUGUCCAAUCGGCCUGAAAGCAUCAGUUCGGAGGACAGUCUGGAAUUCUUUCUGGAUGAGGAUGUGGACUUCGACCUGGAGCCGGAGCUUUAUUUCAAAGAGCCAGAGGAGCUGCUCCAAGUGCUCAUGGAGCUGGAAGAGCAGAAUCUAACUUUGGUCCAGUAUUCCCAGGAUGUAGAUGAAAAUCUGGAAGAUAUAAACAAACGAGAGAGAAUGAUACAGGAAAAAAUAAAUAGCAACGUGGACUUUCUGUUGGAGCAAAAGGCGAUGCUCAAGGCUAACUGUGUGAGAGAAGAGGAAAAGGCCGCGGAGCUGGAAUUAAGGUCCAGGCUGUUUAGUUUCGGAGAAUUUAAUUCAGAAGCUCAGGGUCAUUCUCAUCUUCUUGGGCAGAAGCGAGAAUUGGGGAAGGAGGCUACCUGGAAAACGAUUUUCCUUGCCCAGCAGUUUGUGGAGAUCCUCUUAGCUGCAAAUACCGGGUCCCCAAUGGACAAAGAGAGAAGUUUUCUUUGGGUCCCAGGACACGUUACCUACCAGCUCAAGAAUCUCCACCAGCAGUUACAAUCGCGCAGUGGCGAGGAAAAACUGAUUGACUCACUUAGUAAAAAAAUUAAUCAAGUAUACAGAGUCUGCAUUGGAGACGCUGAGGUUGGCAGCCUCAACCCAGUUCAAAAGCUGGUCAAGGUAGAGUCUCGCCUGGUAGAACUCAGUGACCUCAUCGAAUCUAUCCCCAAAGAAAAUGUGGAGGCGAUCGAGAGGAUAAAACAGAAAGAACGGCGGCAAAAGUUGCGUGAAGAGAAAAUGAAGGAAAAACUAAAGCACCAGGAAGAAAGGCUGAAAGCUGCUCUGGAAAGAGCAGUAGCACAACCGAAGAAGAAGUUGGGAAGAAGACUCAUCUAUCGUUCAAAACCUCCAUCUGGUAACAAACAUACACUACUUUUAGUCAGCGAUACAAGAACAAAAUCACUGGAAGAAGAAUAUUUUUUUUCCUGAAUAGGAGCAGUAAGACAUAUUAUUACCAGCAUAUUCUAGGUAUAUUUUGCAGAUUUGGGCUUUCAGUAAUGGCAAUAUUCCACCUUAUUACCUGUCCUAACCAAUGUGAGGAACACAGGCCUUUAUACUCAUUCCAAUAGAGUAGGAAUUAUUUUUUUGCAGGUUUUUAUUACUCAUAAGUAUUAUCUUAUAAAAUCUAAACAUUUAUAUCUAUAUAUUUUGAGUUGGCCCAGUGAAGGCAACACAUCCAAAAUUAGUUUACUGAUAAAACUAUGUGAUGAAUGACCAUGAAAGGUAAUAAUGGCUAUUCUCUGACAACAUGAGAAUUGAAAUCAUCUAUUUUCUCAACCAUUCUAUUGGGAGUUCAUAGCACACUGUCAUGAUGUACAUUCAUUCUACAGUAAUAACAGUGUAUAAACUGAAAAUACGUGAAGGGUUGUGAUGAGUUUAAAGCUGAAGAGAAAACUGCUAGAUUAUGGUCUCAGAACUUAACCGUGAGACUGGUUUUCUUUCACAGUAAAUUCUGUCCUAAAUACUUUAUUAUCUUAAGUCAACAAAACAUAUGUUUGCAGCCUGUCAGGGCACAAUUUCUGUUGUGCCCUAUCUCCACAAUUAUUUUAAUUAUCAGAUGUUCUGAUUUUAGCUACAGCAUGUACAUUAGUUAGCAUAUAUUAAUAGAGAACAUAGAAUUUAUUGACUACUAAGUAAAAAUAGUAUAUAUUAAUACUAAGAAAAUGCUUAACUUGUAUACAUAUUAAAAGUAGCUCAAGAAUAUAAAAAACAGUUGCCUUUAAAAGGUCUCAGUUAAUAUAUAAGGGCUGAAAUUCAUCUUUAAAAAAUUUCUAGGCAUCUACAGGAAAAAAAAGUACUGGGGUUAACAAAAGAAAACCACGCUGAAUCAAGCAGGAUGGUUUUUCAAGCAUUGGUUCUGAUUGGUUCAACAGGGGAGCUUUGCAUUUGUUUAAGUACCUACAUAUAAAUA